AUGAAGCCUGCUCGGAUGCUGGCAACAGUUUUUCAGCUAGUACUGCUGCUUGCAAGAGUCCAAGCACAAGAUGGGACCUGCUCAGAGGAUAAUCCAUGCACUGAAGGUUGCUGCUCAAGUGUAUCCCAGGUUUGUGGAUAUGGCCCAGACUACUGUGGCAGCACUUGUAUUGCAGCCGCCAGCACAAAUGGCACAUGUGCACAGUUGGCUGAAUGUAAUCCUGGUGUAUAUCCCGGCUGGGGUGAGACUUGGGCGUCCAACUACUCGUCUGCACAAUCUUGCCCACUGAACGUUUGCUGCAGCCAAUAUGGAUAUUGUGGGACGACGUCUGAUUUCUGCGGAAGUACAACUUGGCCCUCUCCUUCUUGCUCUGGUAACUCGUCUGUCACACGGCGAAUCGGCUACUACGAAGGCUUCAAUCUGGAUAAUCCUUGCAAUACGAUGACCCCAGAAGAAAUCCCUGUUGGAGGAUACACACACUUGAUCUUUUCCUUCCUAUACAUUGACCCAGAUACCUAUGAGUUGACACCAAUGGAAUCCAACCAAACGGAUCUCUACGCUCGCUUCACUGCUCUCAAGCAGUAUGGUGUCGAAACGUGGAUCACUAUUGGUGGAUGGGCAAUGAACGACCCAGGAGAAUAUUCCAAUGUCUUUUCUGAUCUUGCCGCAUCUUCUACUGCUCAAAAAGCUUUCCUCGACUCUCUCGUUUCGUUUCUAGGAACGUAUGGAUUUGACGGCGUCGACUUUGAUUGGGAAUAUCCAGGUGCACCAGAGCGGUUCGGAACUGAUGCCGACUACGCCAAUUUUGUUUCGUUUCUACAGAAUGUACGCUCCACUCUUGGAGACUAUUACGGGUUGUCAAUCACCCUACCGAGCUCGUACUGGUAUCUUCAGUACUUCGAUAUCGUCAAUAUUGCCAAAACGAUUGAUUGGUUUAAUUUCAUGUCCUAUGAUAUAUAUGGCACUUGGGACGCUACAAUUUCCUCGAUCGGGAGCUAUGUCUAUGCCAGUACCAAUCUUACCAUGAUUGAAUCAGGGUUACAGUUGUUGUGGCAUAAUAACAUCCCGCCCAGCCAAGUGAACCUUGGUCUUGGUUAUUACGGGCGUAGUUACACACUGGAAGACCCUUCGUGUACGGCGCCUGGAUGCCCAUUUACAUCCGGAGCAAAUGCGGGUCCAUGUUCUCGCACAGAGGGAAUGCUUUCUUAUGAUGAGAUCAUGGACAUCAUUGAUGAUCCGUCAAGAAACCCAACGGUGUGGCUUGAUUCUGCUGCAGCUGUUAAAAUCGCUGUCUAUGAUGAGGAUCAAUGGGUCGCUUAUGAUGACGCUGAAACUCUUCAAAUGAAGUUAGAUUUUGCCAAUUCAGUGUGCAUGGGAGGUGUUUUCGCAUGGGCUAUUGACGAGGAUCACACAGGGGAUCUUUCCGACGCUAUUUCCAAUUCUACUGAUCUCUUCCCGGCUGGAGGAAGUGGAAAGGUAUAUGUUUUACCUGAAAUUUGGGACAGUGGUUCUCCCGAAGUUUCCUGCCAGGCACCAUGUACACUCAUCUUGCCGCCUUUCCCACUGACAACCACGACGACUGUCAGCUGGCCACCAAUCACCACUACGUUGCUCGUCAGUGCCAAUGGAGGCGUGACUACAACGACCACUACGAUACCGGUUCCUGCAUUCCCAUUGUCUGCCGUUCCGUUCUGGCCGGUGACCAUUGCCAAUAAUCAAACAUCUGGUGUCCUGAGCCCGGUACCAAGCGUUACACCGCCAUCCAUUGUGUGGAAUCUGCCGGGAACGAUCACUCCAUUUCCCCAGAUCACAGUCAAUUAUACUGUGGUUGCAGAGAAUCAAAUGACAGGGACACCCGCAGCUACGGGUACUAUUACCUCUCCCCCCUCUACAACUACCAGCUCGACUUCGACUGUGUCCGCUGUCGUGACCCCAUCGCCUAUUGCGGCAGACAUGACAGCUGGUUGUACUCAGUUCUACCUAGUUCAGAGCGGAGACUCAUGCUGGAGUAUUGAAACUGCCUACAACAUUGCUGCUUCGGACUUUGAAGCUUGGAACCCUGACGUCGGCACUGGUUGUUCCAGUGGCGUGUGGCUCGAUUAUUACUAUUGUAUCGGCCACGGAAGCCUUGCAUCGACUUCUUCAGGAUCCGGGGGACAACCAACCUCAACAGAAACAACUAUUGUUCCCAUAUUUCCUAGCACAUCGCACCCUAUUACUAUCCAGCCGCAGCCUACCGUUGCGGAUGCGGAACCCUCAAUUACCAUCCCUCCAAUCAAUGUUGUCAUUGCCCCGCCCACGGACUCUUCCUCAAGUGAUGGUAAUUGUCAAGGUUGCGGCGAACUCAAUUGCGAGCUAUUCGGCUGUGAUGGCAAGUGUGGGCUUUUCGGUUGUGAUGGAGGAUGUGGUCUUUGGUGGUGCGGCGGAGGUUGCGGUUUAGAAUAUUGCGGCCCCGGCUGUGGUGAUGGUCCCUGUGUCAUUGAGGGCGGCGGUGGUGGCGGUGGAAGCACUGGCUCCAUUGGCACUGAUAACACGAAUGAUGAUUGCAGCUCGAUGGAGAUGGCCGAUAUCUGCACUGUGUUUGUGAAGAGCUAUUCUACGUCCGGAAUGGCUUCUUCAUCUGUUACCACAACAACCGAAUGUUAUACCACUGAAGGGUGCUCGGUCACUCCAUCUACCACGACAACCACCGUCAGUACAACCGGAACGUAUUCUACCAUCACCAACAGCUUCAUGUUUAUUUCCCAGCCAACAGAGGCAGCCUCCGUUUUGGAUUCUAUUUCUGCAAGCAUUAUCAGCCAGCGCAGUAUCUGGGAUGCCACGCGCUGGUCUGGUUACACGAUCACUAUUACGCCAACAGCGACAACAUCUAGCACGCUAAAAAGUACAACCAUGAGUACGACGAGUAGCGCUCCUACAACUACCGUCGGCUCAAACUCUUCGGUCGAUACGUACUUGUACAUCAAUAGCGACUGCAGUGGCAAUCGAGAAGAAGAGACCUUCGAUUCGGCCAAUUGUGUUAGCUACGAAGCAGAAACAUAUGGAUUCGAGGCCAUCUUCGACGACUCUGUUUAUUCAGUCACGGUUUAUGAUGGAGAGUAUUGUGACUCGGCGAAUGUGAUAGUGGAAGUGACCUCGGAUAAGUGUUACGCUAUCAGUUCUACGGGAGCUUGGGGCGCAUAUGGUAUUGCACUUGUAUAA